AUUUGGGUUGUCCUAGUCUUUAGGAGUUCAGUAGUUUGUUUCUGUUUGUUGCCUAGUUUGUAGGAGUUUUUAAGCAUGAUGUUAGUGGUGCCUAUUUUUGUGUUUGUAACCAUCUGUUUUUUAGCCUAUAUAAUGGCCAUUUCCUUAUCAAUGAAGUUGUAGAAUUUCAGUCCAACUUUGUUUCCCUUGGUUUUUAGUUUAUCGUUUUCUUCUUCCAUUUUACAUCAAUGGUAUCAAAGCAUGGUUAGAGUUCCACAAUGGCUUCUGAAACUUUUGUGCACCCAACCAUUCUACUCUUUGAUGGUCACUAUGACUAUUGGAGCAUGCUCAUGGAGAAUUUUUUGAGGUCCAAAGAAUAUUGGACAGUUGUUUUUUCUAGAGUAGCAGAACCAGCAGCAAGUUUUGUGCUGACAGAUGCACAGAAGUUGGAGCUUGAAGGGCAGAAGUUGAAGGAUCUCAAAGCAAAGAAUUAUCUCUUCCAGGCAAUUGAUCGUUCCAUCCUGGAAACAAUUCUUUGUAAAGAAACUUCCAAGCAGAUCUGGGACUCUAUGAAGAAGAAGUAUGAGGGGACAGCAAAGGCAAAGAGGGCACGGCUUCAAGCACUUCGAGACGAUUUCAAAACUUUACACAUGAAGUCUGGAGAAUCGGUGUCAGAUUACUUCUCCACGACGAUGGCAAUCGCAAAUAAGAUGAUAAUCUAUGGCGACAAAAUGGCAGAUGUCACUAUCAUUGAGAAAAUUCUUCGUUCGAUGACAUCAAAAUUCAACUAUGUUGUUUGUUCGAUUGAGGAAUCUAAAGACACUGACAGUAUGUCCAUUGAUGAAUUGUAGAGUUCUUUGUUGGUUCAUGAGCAGAAAAUGAAUCGGCAAGACAAGGAGGAGCAAGUGUUACAAGCCUCAUCAUCAAAAGGAGCAGGUUAAGGACGAAGAAG